CCCGGAGAGACAUGGACGGAACAUCUACGCCGGAGAAAUGCUCCACGUUGCUUGAUUUAAACAGAGAAGAGGCGUUGGAGAAGAACAAUGAAGAAGAGUCAUCAGUUGAAGAUGAAGACCAACAAGUCACAAGUAGUAAUAACGUGAGACAAUAUGUUCGGUCCAACAUGCCUCGUCUUCGUUGGACACCUGAUCUUCAUCUUUCCUUCGUCCGUGCAGUCCAACGACUUGGCGGUCCACACAGGGCGACACCUAAAAUGGUUCUUCAAAUGAUGAAUCUGAAAGGUUUGAGUAUUGCACAUGUCAAGAGUCACUUGCAGAUGUAUCGGAGUAAGAAGCUUGAGGCAACGUCUCUACAUGAUGUUGGAGCUAUGAUGGGAGCACAAAGAAGCUAUUUGUUAGACAUGAUUGAUAUCCCUUAUGGUGAUUUAAGACAUGCGUAUUACCCUAAAACAGUUCCUUCAAGGUUAAGUGGAAAUGAAUUGAAUGGUGUAUGUAGUGGACUUGACAAAGAAAGCUUGGAGAGCAAGACUCUGCCUCUGCUCGAGAUUAAGAGGCAAACCCCAGAGAAAAGAGUCAGAGAAGAACAUGACAGAGAAGUAGCAUCACUCAAACGAUCAAAACCAUUGUCCGGAGAUGGGAUCAACACGAUGCUCUCGCUGUCUCUGUUCUCGACAUCACCAGGAGACGGUAGUAAAGGCAUCUGA